CUUCGUUUUGCCGACACUUCAGUUUCGAUCGAAAAUUUACGCCAAGAAAGACUUAAAAGUAGACAAAACUUUCUGAAACAACUCAAUUGGGAUAACUAUGAGAGGAUUAGGGUUGUCGGCAAAGGACUUCGUUUUGCCGACACUUCAGUUUCGAUCGAAAAUUUACGCCAAGAAAGACUUAAAAGUAGACAAAACUUUCUGAAACAACUCAAUUGGGAUAACUAUGAGAGGAUUAGGGUUGUCGGCAAAGGGGCGUUUGGAACGGCUGUCUUAUAUCGUAAAAAACCGGACGGUUUGCUAGUAGUGCUCAAAGAAAUCAAUAUGAAUGACUUGACUGCAGCUGAGAGACAAUUAGCGAUAAAUGAAGUGAAAGUGUUGUCCAUUUUGGACAAUCAGAAUAUUGUCAGCUAUUAUGACAGUUUCGAAAGUAACGGCAAUUUGUAUAUCGAGAUGGAGUACGCGGACGCCGGCACUCUCGCAGAGUUUUUGUCCCAAUUGUCUGCACCUCUUCAAGAGUACGAAAUACUUCUGAUAUUCAGACAAAUCGUAUGUGCCAUCAGUUAUUUGCAUGAAAACAAUAUUCUGCACCGAGAUAUCAAAACGGAUAAUAUUUUCCUUAAUAAAGAGGGGUAUAUAAAAGUGGGUGACUUUGGGAUCUCCAAAAUGCUUACCACUAAAAGAGAGGCAGAGUCUGUGGUCGGAACGCCUUAUUAUAUUAGUCCCGAAAUUUGCGAAGGCAAGAAUUACAAUCAAAAAGUUGAUAUCUGGGCCUUAGGUUGUGUUCUCUAUGAAAUGGCAUGUCUUCACAAGACAUUCGAGGGUUCUAACCUCCCGGUGCUUAUUAAUAAAAUAGUCAAGGGUCAGUUCGCACCCGUCAAACGCAACUAUUCCACUGAAUUCCGUACUCUUAUCAAUGAGUUAUUGCAUAGAAAUGCCGAUUUGCGGCCAACAGCUCAAGAAGUAAUGGACAGUUUGGUUCGUCUACUAAAUAAGCAACAACUCGAUAGAAUCCAACUCUGGUCUCAAUACCAAGAAAUGCCGACUUCUAUCAUGACUUCCGGUAUUCUAAUCCAAAACAGUAGUUCACUGAGAUAUCCACGUUCAGCCGUGUAUGAGGUCCAGAUUAGUGAACCACAUAUCAAAUUGUCUCCGAUCAAAUUACCACAAAAAAUUAGAAUAAAAGAGUUAAGUAAGAGUUCGACCCAUUAUUUAGCGCUUUCCUACAAUUCUGUAGUAUAUUCGUGGGGUAUCGGCAAUAAAGGGCAGUUAGGUUUAGGUGAGUCGGUAGUGAGCACUCGGGAACCGACACGUAUUGAAUCGAUUAGCAAUAGGACUAUUGUCCGCAUUUGUGCGUCCGAUGGCUUCAGUUUGUUUGUCAGUAAGAAUGGACUCGUAAUGACGUGCGGAGACCAUCAAAGUGGAUGUUUGGGUCGAAUCGACGCCUUUCCCUCUUUUACUCCCAAAUUAGUAGACUCUUUGCUCAGUGCAGACGUUUCGUGUGUGAGUUGCGGUCCAAAUCACGUAUCGGUGGUGACGGGCGAUGGGAAGGCCUAUUCGUGGGGAUCUAAUAUUGAUGGCAGGCUGGGGAUCGACUCGCGCGUCACGAACGUCGAUAUCCCUACAAGUGUUGCCUUUCCUGAAGGCGUUGUCAUUAAAAAUGUAUUUUGUGGACACGACUCGACAGCUUUUAUUGAUGAGUUAGGAUUCGUAUGGAUUUGUGGCAACAAUUGCUUUAACAAACUGGGACUCAAUGAGAAGAUACAGUUCCGGACAAUCAAAGUGAAUAACAAAUGGAUUGCAACCAAAUUAAAGUGGAUUAAACAGAGAGUCCAUUCCGUGUCUCUCGGUGUCCAUCACUCGGCUUUUGUGGUCGAAGGAGAAAGAGUUAUCACGUGUGGAGUCAAUAGCGACGGCCAGUUAGGUUUGGGUCACGUCCGGCCUAAACAUAAGCCACAUUUCGUGAGACAACUGUCUGAACAGUCAAUAAUUAGAGUACAGACGGGAUCAGCCUUUACAGUGGCCUCCAAUUGCGAAAAUGUGAUCUAUUUCUGGGGCGCCAGACCUCUCAAUUCCAAUGCAACUAAUGUGAAACAAAGCUCAAAUGACGUCCGGCCUAAACAUAAGCCACAUUUCGUGAGACAACUGUCUGAACAGUCAAUAAUUAGAGUGCAGACGGGAUCAGCCUUUACAGUGGCCUCCAAUUGCGAAAAUGUGAUCUACUUCUGGGGCGCCAGACCUCUCAAUUCCAAUGCAACUAAUGGAGAAUGCAAUCAAUCACUUAUGAAUGUUGUGGAGAGUGUGGGUCCCGACCACCCUAUUGUUCAAAUACGUGACCCACAGAUCAUAAUCGAUAACUUGUCUGACCUCUCGCUCCUGAGUUCAACUAAUAAAGCAAUUAUUCUCAAACCACAACCCAUUGUAUCUCUAUAUGCAUCACCAGUACAUUUACACCAGGGAGAUGUUGUAGGCCUGGCCAACCUCUAUGUUUUUGCAGUUGCCGAAGAAGAGAACUCAAUGAUUAGAGCCUCUAAUGCCAGCAAUUAUAAUACGGAUACAAAUUUGAGCCAAAAUAUUCCCGAAUGGAUUAGAAUAGAGAUGGAGGCGAAUACAAGUGCCAUCGGUUUGCACUCAACAGUAGAUUCAAUGCCAAUAGUGUCGGAGGAACUGAGAGAUGAAUUGCAACAAAAGGAUAAUACAAUUUCCACUCUUCAGAGCCUAAACACAGAAUUAGACGAACAGAACACACGAUUUGCGCGAAGGGAACAAGAAUUGAACAAAAAGUUUUCGCUCUGCAAACAGUGCGCUAUUAUG